UCUUCUAUUUAAUUUCUCUCUCCUCCCUCUGUCCCCUUCAUCUCAAUACGACAACGAGCACCUUAAUUUUCUUCACGUUCCCUCUACUCACUCCUCCCUCAUCCCUGCCAUCUUCACUCUCGCCUUCUUCCUCUUCUUCUCCUGUGCUUUAAUUUUCUUCUUCACGCAACGGUGGAAAACUCGGAUCUUACUCUGGAUUCCAUUUCCCUUGAGUUUCUUCGGAACUUCGGAGAAUCCUUCAUCUCGCUCCUUCAAAUAACUAUAGGCUCUUUUCGCUGUUGUCCCGAUGGCGACAUCACUGAUUCCUGAUCGGAAUUGAAUUCUAUCCGUUUCGGAAUCAAUGAGUUGGCUAAACAUUUAUUCAUGCUUUAAUUCCAGUAGAUCUCUUCUUUUCUAUCUUUGAAUAUCAAAUCUGAAAAAAACAGAGCACUCACUUUUCCUUCACUUUCUCUCGUUCCCGAAAGACUCCGAUUCCAGGUAAUAUUGAUUUCGGAAAUGGAAUCCGUCGUCGUUUUGGCAUUGUUUGCUUUCCUUGCAUUUACGCCAUGGCGUGUACUCUCAGAAGAAAGGCUUCUGGUGAACAUGACUCUGGUUCGAAGCGCUCGAGCUUUUGGUGCUCUUUGUUUGGAUGGGAGUUUACCGGCGUAUCAUUUGCACAGAGGAUUCGGCGCCGGAGCCAACAACUGGCUUUUACAAUUAGAGGGAGGGGGGUGGUGCAAUGACGUGGAAUCAUGCGCGGAGAGAGCAAAGACUCGCAGGGGUUCAACUCGCUACAUGACCAAGUUGGAGGUCUUCUCUGGCAUCUUAAGUAACAAUGCCUCCCUCAACCCAGAUUUCUACAAUUGGAACCGUGUAAAGAUUAGAUAUUGUGAUGGAGGCUCUUUCACGGGCGAUGCUUCGUUCAACAACGGGACAACAUUGCUUUAUUUCAAAGGACAAAAGAUUUGGGAAGCAAUCAUUCGUGACCUCCUGCCUAAAGGUUUGGGCAAGGCACGCAAGGCUUUGCUUUCAGGUUGUUCGGCAGGAGGCUUAGCGACAUUUCAUCACUGUGACAGCUUCACUAGUCAAUUGCCAAGGAAUGCGAGUGUUAAAUGCUUGAGUGAUGCUGGCUUCUUUCUUGACGAGAGAGACAUCGCUUUGAACCACACUAUGAGAUACUUCUUCAAAAGCCUUGUUUUAUUGCAGGGGAUAGAGCGAAAUCUAAACAGAAACUGCACAAGGUCCCUGUUCUUUCCAGACUUGUGCUUCUUCCCGCAGUAUGUAUUGAAGUACAUAACUACACCAUAUUUCAUCUUGAACUCUGCUUAUGAUGUAUUCCAAUUUCACCACAUAUUGGUCCCACCUUCUUCUGAUUUGCAUGGACAUUGGAAUCACUGCAAGAUAAACCCAGCGGCAUGCACUCCAGACCAAAUUGAUGUACUGCAAGGCUUUAGGCGCCGCAUGCUUGCAGUUUUAAGACCAUUCUAUAUAUUCUCAAGAAGAGGAGGAAUGUUCAUUAAUUCAUGCUUUGCUCAUUGUCAAAGUGAAUCCCAAGAUACAUGGUUUGGAGAUGAUUCUCCAACAAUAAACGACAAGACUAUUGCAGAAGCCGUUGGAGAUUGGUAUUUUGGCAGAGAUAGAACCAAGGAAAUAGAUUGUGCAUAUCCAUGUGAUAAAACUUGUCAUAAUCUUAUACCAUAGGCUCAGGUUGAUGAAAAGAUUGGAGUGAAGAUUUAGCUUCAAGUUUCUCUGUAUAUCACAAAGAAGAUAUGAUUCAAGCUGACAUGUUGCAGGAGUGAAAAGUUAGCAUCAGAUACUCUCAGAGAUGGGGAAUCUUGAAGGAUUUGGGUAGGGAGCUGUGCAAGUAUAAAGUGAUAUAGAUUAGAUGCCAAAUUCUUUAACAGAACCAAGAAUGAAAGAUUAAAAAAAAAAAAAAGAGAAAAGUAUAGCUUUAGUGACAAGCAUUCAAUUGGUCACAUCAUAUUCUUUGUUUAUUAUUUUGUCGAUCCCAUAAUAAAUACUAUUCCACUAUUGUUUCUCCAGUUCCACUUCUUUUUCUUGAACCAGAGCCUUUGUCUAUUCUAGCAGGCUAAGAUCCCUUAAAACAUUCAAGUAUGAGUGAAACUUGUCAUCAUGCCAAAACAUGCAUGCAAUAUAUCUUUAAAGUGUCAAUUUAGCCUGGUCUUGCCAGAUUUUUCCUUUUAAAA